AUUUCAAUUCACAUUCAUUCAUCAGUUUUUCGUUCCUUCACGAAACUCAGAACCCUAUAAUAUUCAUGGCUUCAGGCGGAACAGAAGCUUUUCCAGAUUUGGGUAAACACUGCCAGCACCGCGAUUGCAACCAGCUCGAUUUUCUUCCUUUCACCUGCGACGGUUGCCAACAGGUGUUUUGUUUGGAACACAGAUCCUACAAGUCCCAUUCAUGCCCAAAAUCCGACCACAACAGCAGAAAGGUGGUUGUUUGCGAAGCAUGUUCCAUGUCCAUCGAGACCACCGGCAACGUGGGACAAGACAAAGAGGCAAUCUUGCAGAAGCAUCUCAAGUCUGGUAUCUGUGACCCCACCAAGAAGAAGAAACCAACUUGCCCCGUCAAGCGUUGCAAGGAGGUUUUGACGUUUUCCAACACCAGCACAUGUAAAACUUGCCACAUUAAGGUGUGCCUCAAGCACCGUUUCCCUGCUGAUCAUGCUUGUAGCAGAGGAGCUUCAGCUUCUGUUGCUAAUGGUUUGUGGAACAAUAGGUUCUUGGCUGCUUUUGGGUAAGGGGAGUGGACAAGAAUGUGCCAAAAAUGGUGCUACUCGUCCUCCUAGCACUCCUUCUGUUAAGGCCUAUUGAUUGCUAAUUGCUUGAUGUGUAUGUUAUUGAUUCUUGAGUGGUUUGAUGGCAAUACAAUAUUGCUUUACAGUGUACUUUGAAUGUUCAUGUAUACAUUGCAUCCAUGAAAUAGGAUAUUGAAAUCAUCUGUAUUGGGAUUUGUUUUGAUUUGGACCAUAUAUGUCAUUGCACACAAAAAGACUGACGCAGUCAUGCAGACACAAUGGUUGCAGUCUUCAAACACCUUAAAAAUCUUAACAUUGGGUCGCAUUUUGAAAAUCCUUUCGAAUAAAUGUAUUACCCAUAUAAACUAAGCUCAUAAAUGUAUCACUUUUGCAAUGUACAUCCUUGUUCAUAGAAACAUACUAAA